GGCUGUCCGGGGGCGCCAGGGCGCUGGCUGCGACCUCGGCGGAUCCACGGUCACCCGGCAAACGGAGAGCCCGCGCACAUCAGCGCCUGGCUGGUCGCAGGUUCGAUCCUUCGCGGGGCCGCACAGAUGGCUCGGUUUGGGGAAGCAGUGAGCGGUUUGUCUGCCGAUGCCAGCCCGGAGCAGGGAAAGAGCCGCCACCAGGUGCCGGUGAGUGGGGAAACGGCCGCAGCGGCCGCCGCAGCAGGAGCAGCGGCAGCGGUGGCAGCAGCAGCGGCGGCACAGGGCUCGGCUGGUUUCAAGCAGAGCCGGGCACAGCGGGCACGCACCAUGGCUCUCUACAACCCCAUCCCUGUUCGACACAACUGCUUGACCGCUAACAGAUCCCUCUUCCUGUUUGGAGAGGAUAAUAUCAUCAGGAAGUCAGCCAGAAGAGUCAUCGAAUGGCCUCCAUUUGAAUACAUGAUUCUGGCUACAAUCAUUGCCAACUGUGUUGUGCUGGCUUUGGAACAGCACCUGCCAAAUGGAGACAAGACCCCCAUGGCUCGAAGUUUGGAACAAACUGAGCCAUAUUUUAUUGGGAUCUUUUGCUUUGAAGCUGGGAUUAAAAUUGUAGCACUGGGAUUUGUAUUCCACAAAGGAUCGUAUCUUCGGAAUGGCUGGAACGUAAUGGAUUUCAUCGUUGUCCUGAGUGGGCUCUUGGCCACAGCAGCAACGCACUUCAACCUCCGAACUCUGAGGGCAGUCCGUGUUCUGAGACCUCUGAAGCUGGUGUCUGGGAUUCCCAGUUUGCAGAUUGUGUUGAAGUCCAUCAUGAAAGCAAUGGUACCUCUGCUGCAGAUUGGCCUGCUCCUCUUCUUUGCCAUCCUCAUGUUUGCCAUCAUUGGCCUCGAGUUCUACUAUGGUAAACUGCACCAUACCUGCUACACAGAUGGCGCCGUAGCAGAAGAACUGGAGUUUCAGUUUCCUUGUGGCACUCAGGAGCCAGCCCGUCUCUGCCCAAAUGGCACUUUCUGUUCAUACUGGAUCGGACCCAAUGACGGCAUCACUCAGUUCGAUAACAUCCUGUUUGCACUGCUGACUGUCUUCCAGUGCAUCACCAUGGAGGGAUGGACCACCAUUCUCUACAAUACGGAUGAUGCCUUAGGAGCAAUGUGGAAUUGGCUGUACUUCAUUCCGCUCAUCAUCAUUGGCUCCUUCUUUGUGUUGAACCUUGUUCUCGGAGUGUUGUCUGGUGAAUUCGCCAAGGAACGGGAGAGGGUGGAAAAUAGGAGGUCGUUCCUGAAGCUCCGGAGGCAGCAGCAGAUUGAGCGGGAGUUAAACGGAUAUCGGGCCUGGAUCGACAAAGCAGAGGAAGUGAUGUUACUGGAAGAAAAUAAAAAUGCCGGAGAAAAAUCAGCCCUGGACGGUGAGAUUGCCUCUGUCUGGUACAAGCUUUAUCUGAGAUCAAUAAAUUCUUUGUUUUCAGUCCUUAGAAGAGCAACAAUCAAAAAAGGCCGAAUGGAUAUGAUCCACACAGAGUCAAGUGAUGAUCACUACACUGAAAUAUCUUCUGUGGUUAUUUUCUUCUUGUUUCAUCCAGGGUCUCCGCUGGCAAGGGCCAGCAUUAAGAGCACCAAGCUAUUAGAGGGUUCAUCUUACUUCCGCCGCAAGGAGCGCAUGCUACGCAUCUCCAUCCGUCACAUGGUCAAGUCACAUGCCUUCUAUUGGAUUGUCCUGGGUCUGGUGGCCCUUAACACAGUGUGUGUUGCUAUCGUCCACUAUGACCAGCCCUUGUGGCUCUCCAAUUUCCUAUACUAUGCUGAAUUCACCUUUCUGGGUCUCUUUCUGUCCGAGAUGUUUCUAAAGAUGUACGGCUGUGGUCCUCGACUUUAUUUUCACUCCUCCUUCAACUGUUUUGACUGUGGGGUUAUUAUCGGCAGUAUAUUUGACGUCGUGUGGACGAUAAUUCGGCCAGAAACAUCAUUUGGCAUCAGCGUUCUCCGUGCAUUGAGAUUGCUCCGAAUUUUCAAAAUCACAAAGUACUGGGCCUCUCUGCGGAACCUAGUAGUCUCCUUAAUGAGCUCGAUGAAAUCCAUCAUCAGCCUCCUGUUCCUCCUCUUCCUCUUCAUCGUUGUAUUUGCUCUUCUGGGGAUGCAGCUGUUUGGUGGUCAAUUCAACUUUGAGGAAGGUACACCUCCAACCAACUUUGACACUUUUCCCGCUGCAAUCAUCACUGUGUUUCAGAUUUUAACAGGUGAAGAUUGGAAUGAGGUGAUGUACAAUGGGAUAAAAUCACAAGGAGGCGUGAACUCAGGAAUGUGGUCUUCUGUAUAUUUCAUUGUCCUCACACUCUUCGGCAACUACACCUUGCUGAAUGUGUUUCUGGCAAUCGCAGUCGAUAAUCUAGCUAAUGCCCAGGAACUGACCAAGGAGGAGCAGGAAGAGGAGGAGGCCAUCAACCAGAAGCAUGCUCUGCAGAAGGCAAAGGAAGUCAGCCCCAUGUCUGCCCCAGGGUUCCCCUCUACAGAGAGGGAGUUCCGGAGGCACAAGCACAUGUCUAUCUGGGAGGCCAGAACCAGUCAGCUGAGACGGCGGAUGCAGAUGAGCAGCCGCGAAGCGCUGUUUGCCGAGGCACUGCAGGGGCUGGAGGGCAGCAGGUAUCGGAGGCAUCGUUCCAGGGUCUUCGAAGGUGAAAGUCUCUGGCGGCUGGGUGACCUGCAGGCCGGGGACGCUGAUCAGCUCGGAGAAGGUGGCAAGCGAGAAGCCUUCAAAAGUCGGUCACUCCGCAAUAACUGGCAGCCAGCAGAGCCGAGCAAGGAAGACUCCUCAAUAAAAGUGAACGGAGAUCAGGACUACCGGCAGGGGCGAACUCUCGGCCGCAGCAUUGAGGCUAGGCAGAGCUUCAGAAUGGCCGAACCUGUCAGGGCCAAGAGGAGGUACAGGUCCCUCUACAAGGAAGCAAAACUGGGGCUGGAGGAGAGCGCCGAGACCACUCUCAGCCACCGGGCCAGCAAGAGCAAGGAGGAGGGGCUGUUGCAGCGACUUCCUGAGGAACAGGAGAGCAGCCAAUCCGCCCACGGCCCCGAGGAGAAAGAUGCUCAACAGCCAAUGAAGGCAUUCUCUUGGCAAGGGAAGCCACACACAAGCUCUACCAAUCGAACUGUUGGUGCAGACACAAGCUCAUCCAGCAGGCAAGCGGAGAAAGACUGUACCAGAGUACCUGAGAGUGAAAAAGUUGACAAUGCAAAGAACAGCAAGCAGGUGAAUGAACAAACCAGCUUGUUAAACAUGCAGCUGGAUCUACAAACCACUCAAACAUCCCCAGGAGAGAAGGAGCUGACCACCAGUUCCAGGGACAUUGAGCAGGACAAGGCACGGGAGCAGACAGAGAUUGAUAUAGACUGUGAAAACACGGAGACACCCAUGGAUUCCCUCGUCACACCAGGAAAUGUGUGCAGCAGCAGUAGUUCAGUAAAAGAUGAAGAGAAGAAAUCCAAGGCGAUUAUACCCUACAGCUCCAUGUUUCUCUUCAGCACAACCAACCCGGUCCGCAGAGCAUGCCACUUCAUUGUCAACCUGCGCUACUUUGAGAUGUGUAUCCUUCUGGUGAUUGCAGCCAGCAGUGUGGCUCUUGCAGCAGAGGAUCCCAUCAACAAGGACUCAGCUAGAAAUCAGGUGCUCAAGUACUUUGACUACGUGUUCACAGGAGUUUUCACCUUUGAAAUGGUAAUAAAGAUGAUAGACAUUGGUUUGAUUUUCCAUGAAGGCUCUUAUUUCCGCGACGUUUGGAACAUUCUGGAUUUCAUUGUAGUGAGUGGAGCACUGGUUGCGUUUGCUUUCACGAAUCUCAUUGGGGGUUCCAGUGGGAAAGACAUAAACACGAUCAAGUCUCUACGUGUUCUCCGUGUGUUACGGCCACUCAAGACCAUUAAGCGACUCCCUAAACUGAAGGCAGUAUUCGACUGCGUGGUGACAUCACUGAAGAACGUGUUUAACAUUCUGAUAGUCUACAAACUCUUCAUGUUCAUCUUCGCAGUGAUCGCUGUACAGCUCUUCAAGGGCAAGUUUUUCUACUGCACAGAUAGCAGCAAGAUGACCAAAGAGGAAUGCAGAGGCCAAUUUGUGUUGUACGAGACUGAGAAUAAAGUUGUUGACCGAGAGUGGAAACGUUAUGACUUCCAUUAUGAUAAUGUUAUCUGGGCCCUGCUGACACUGUUCACUGUCUCCACUGGAGAAGGCUGGCCACAGGUUCUACAGCAUUCCGUGGACGUGACAGAGGCUGACCAAGGACCAAUCCCAGGGAACAGAAUGGAAAUGUCCAUCUUCUACGUUGUAUAUUUUGUUGUAUUCCCCUUCUUUUUUGUCAAUAUCUUUGUGGCCUUGAUAAUCAUCACCUUCCAGGAGCAGGGAGACAAGAUGCUGGAGGAGAGCAGCCUAGAGAAAAACGAGAGAGCCUGUAUCGAUUUUGCCAUCAGUGCCAAGCCCUUGACAAGGUACAUGCCACAGAACCGACAGACAUUCCAGUACAGAGUCUGGCACUUUGUGGUGUCGCCCUCCUUCGAGUACACCAUACUGACCAUGAUAGCGCUCAACACUGUGGUUCUCAUGAUGAAGCAUCAUUCUCCCCCACCUGGCUUUGUGAGUGUGCUGAAACUGAUGAACAUUGCCUUCACCAUCACCUUCACCCUUGAGUGCAUCCUUAAAAUCAUUGCCUUUGGAUUCCUGAACUACUUCAGAGACUCGUGGAACGUAUUUGAUUUUGUGACUGUGGUGGGCAGCAUCAGUGAGAUCAUUGUAACAGAAUGCAAUCUGAAGUUCGUGAACCUGAGCUUCCUGAAGCUGUUCCGUGCUGCCCGCCUCAUCAAGCUGCUACGUCAAGGUUACACCAUCCGCAUCCUCCUCUGGACCUUCGUGCAGUCCUUCAAGGCUCUUCCAUAUGUCUGCCUCCUGAUUGCAAUGUUGUUCUUCAUUUAUGCCAUAAUUGGAAUGCAGCUUUUUGGAAAUAUUGGACUGGAUGACCAUACCCCCAUCAAUCGACACAACAACUUCCACACCUUCUUCAAUGCCUUGAUGUUGCUGUUCCGAAGUGCGACUGGGGAGUCCUGGCAAGAGAUCAUGCUGGCCUGCCUGAGUGGGAAGGAGUGCGAAGGGACCAGGGAGCCCACCUGCGGCACAGACUUUGCUUACUUUUACUUUGUCUCUUUCAUAUUCCUCUGCUCAUUCCUUAUGCUGAACCUGUUUGUGGCCGUCAUCAUGGAUAACUUUGAGUAUCUGACACGGGACUCAUCUAUCCUAGGCCCUCAUCAUUUGGAUGAGUUUGUGCGGGUCUGGGCUGAAUACGAUCGGGCUGCCUGCGGCCGAAUCCAUUACACUGACAUGUAUCAAAUGCUGACCCUCAUGUCUCCACCGCUGGGUCUGGGGAAGAAAUGUCCUUCGAAAGUUGCUUACAAGAGACUGGUACUGAUGAAUAUGCCUGUUACUGAGGACAAGACUGUCCACUUCACCUCCACCCUCAUGGCCUUGAUCAGGACUGCACUUCAAAUCAAGCUUGCAAGAGGUGGAGCAGACAAACAGCAGCUGGAUGCAGAACUGAGAAAGGAAAUCAUGACAAUUUGGCCUCACCUAUCACAGAAGACCCUGGACCUCUUGGUUCCCAUGCACUCAUACACAGACUUAACAGUUGGGAAAAUUUACGCUGCCAUGAUGAUCAUGGACUACUACAAACAGAGCAAGAACAAGAAGUAUCAGAAACUGCAGGAAGAGCAGAGUCGAACACCCAUGUUCCAGCGGAUGGAAGCUUCCUCUCUACCUCCACAGAUCAUCUCGAGCUCUAAAGGUUUGCCUUUUCUGCAGGCAGACAGAGGACCUGACUUGGAUAGCAGAAGUGAAUUUGCCCCUUUGGUACCUUUACCCCCAGUCAUGUUCCAGCAAGGCAGAACAUCAAGCCAAGGAGAAGAAAUCCACAACCAACGGCCAAAGGAACUAAAGAAAGUAAAAGUAGAAUACCCUCAUUAUGGUCACUAUCUCCCCAUUGAAAACCAGGGCCGGGCAGUGUCCAUGCCCCGACUAGAAACCGAGUCCGAGUCCACUGAAGAUCCAAGCCCCAUGAAGCGUUCAUUCUCCACAUUUACUGCCAACCACACAAACAGCACCUGGCUCAAUGAGUACUCUUUGGAGAGAGCUGGUCCAGAGGACCUUUACCAAAAAUGGAGCCGUCGACAUCUGAGGUCAUCCGUCAGGUCUUCAAAUGCAGGCAGCCAUGAGAGAGGCCGUUCCAAGGAGAGGAAGCACCUCCUCUCACCCGAGAGGUCUCUCUGCAACUCGGAGGAGCGUGCUCAGCACUCACAGCACCCAUGCCAGGACCAGAGGAUGUCUCGAUCACCAAGCCCAGGAUAUUCACACAGUGUACAGGAGCAGGUUAAGAGUGAGAGCCCGAUCCCUUCCACGUCCGGGACCAGCACACCCAAGCAUGGACGGAGACAGCUCCCACAAACGCCCACCAAACCCCGGCCCCAUAUUUCAUACUCCCCCGUGGCCCAGCGCCCCGACACCUUGUCACCCCCAUCCAGCCAAGCCACCCCAAGGAGCAAAGAGGCCAGGUAUCAGUCCCUGAGAGUUCAACCCAACAAGACACUGUGGACCGAGUCUCCUGGUCUGAGCAAGAAAACUGACAGCCAGCACUCGACGCCGCUGCGGUACAUAUCAGAGCCCUCCCUGACCCUCCACGAUGAUCUGGGCAGCCUGGACCAGGCCCUUGGCGAGGAAACGCUCACCUUCGAGGCUGCAGUGGCCACAAGCCUUGGCAGAUCCCACACCAUCUCUUCUGCUCCUCCUCUCAGGCACUCCUGGCAACUGCCCAACGGGAGUUACCGCACUCGAGUGGUGCGAUGUGGAGCAACCACUGGCCCCGACCCUUUCACCGACACUGAUGAGGACGACAAAUGCUAAAC